AUGUACAUGUAUCGGGAUCUCAUUUUUACUUUGACAGUCAUUCUGCAAGGAUCAAUAUUACUGACACUCUUCAGGUCAAAGAAACUAGAUCCACCGUCUAUUGCUAAUAAUAACGGACACUUUAUAUUCACAGACACAUUUUAAUCAGCUGUAUAGUUCAGUCAAAAUGCAGGGUUCUUCUCCGUUUUCUCUCCCUCUCCCUUCUCUUCUUCCUCUCGAAAUAAUUUUUCGAGCCAUCCUGACAACCAACCGACCGACCGACCGACCAACCAGUUAACCACCCAACCAACCAGUUAAUCACCCACCCAACCAACCAAUCACUUCACUGCAUUCGGUCUGUGAAAUGACGGCUCAUAUCAUCACCCAAUCGAUUAUCGAUAUUUCAUUAAUCGAUCGCGAAUGAAGACUUAUGGAAAAUGGCAUCCUUUUAUAAAUCCCAGGGCCAGAGCCUGAUUUCAGGAGUCGACACAGUUGAGCUUGAAAGAGCCCUCCACAAUUUGGAAUUCGAAAAGAAGCAACAGAUCCAGGAGUUUGAGAAGGAAAAACAGCAGAUUGCGAUUCUAGAGAAAUCAACAAAUGAAAAACAAGAUGGAAUUAAGAGAAUGGAAGAAGAUGUGUCCAGGAUUGAUGAGGAGAUUAAGAGCAGCCACAGGCAGUUCAGACAGAACAAAGAGCUAUUGAAGGAAAGUCAGAAGGCACAUUCAUCUGUUUUGAACUUUCAUCUGGAGGCCAAGAAGAAAGAAAUCCAGCAGCUAACAGAAAAAUAUGAAAUUGAAAACGCUGACCUACAGAGCAAAUUGGACCAUUACGACACUGUAUGGAAAUCAUAUGAAGAGGUCUACAUGCAGCAAGAGAAUGCCAAGGAACUCAUGAAGUGGCAGUUGGAAGUCCUGCAGUGCAAGGAAGCUGUCAAAGAGGGCAGGCUUCAGAUUUCAAAUCUUCAGCAGGGAGAAGAUGAACUGCAGGAAGAGAUCCUUGCCAAUGAGUCACCAUUCCAAAGCAUUACAGAUUUUGUCAUCAAGUUUGCUGAAAUAAAGGUUUCAACCCAAGUGAAGCAAUUUGAAACAGAGCAACUUCUCAAUUCAAUCUCAGCUGCUGAGAAGGAUAUCCAAACUUUACAGGAAACACAAGCAGAAAUCGUUAAGAACAUUGAGGAAAAGAGGAAGGAGGAAGAACUGGAGAAACAGAGAAUUGAGAAAAAAAAGGAGCAGAAAGAGAAAGCUUUACAGGAGGAAUAUGCUAGGUAG